AUGACAAAGAAUACAUCACAGUCAGCUGGAAGUGGAUCCAAUAUUGGAGCAGCAGGGAAAAGUUCUAUUGCAAGAUCAAGUACAAUGAGACAACGUCGUGCAUUGGCAUCUUCUGCAUCUAGUAGCAGAGAAAACCUUGCUCAGAAUUUGAUGAGCUAUUAUGUUGAUGAUACACCAGGACUCAAGCUUGGACCAAUGACAGUUCUUGUAAUGACUUUGGCAUAUAUGUCAAUAGUUAUUGUGCUUCACAUUCUUGGAAAAUUUAAGGAGAAAAUCAUGGGAUAA